AAGGGGUAGGGCAAUGAGCAGCGAAAGAGAUCCAACCUCUCCAAUUUCUCCGUCAUCUCUAAAACAAAAGCUAAAAUCUUCUAUUUGUCUCCCAUGGCUCAGCCACCACAGCCGCCAAGACAGGGCUCCAAGUGCCUCAGCAACACCUCUUCCGACCCCUUCUCCAAGCCCUACGGCUAAUAACAACCACAACAACCCAAGGCUAAGCAGGACAUUGUCUCCUACGUGUCUUAAGUCCCCGGAGUUUAGAGACAAGUGCCGUAGCUUGAUUAACCGCAUUGGACACGGUCCUGGUCACCGCCAUAGCCACUGCCAUGGUUAUCACGGGCAUGGCCACGGGAGACGACACUCGGCGGAUUUUCGAUAUGAUCCGUCAAGUUACGCAUUGAAUUUUGAUGAAGGGUUCAAUGAUAGCCAACUUGAUGAGUUCCCUUCGAGAAACUUUUCUGCAAGGUUGCCACCUUCUCCUACUGCUACUACUUCUAGAGAAAUCACAGCUUAUACUUGAAAAAUAAGAUUUAGGCUUUCUGUUGAAUUUGCAUGGAAAAAUGAUGGCUUGAUGAGGAUAUAGCGGUAGGGUUUCUUUUUUUUUUUUUUGUUAAA